AUGGAUGCCAUUGAAAACCUUCUCUCAUGGGCCGAAACCCAAGGCGUAACUGUGUCUAAAGUCGGCCCCCGCACUCUCCCAGGACGAGGCAUAGGCAUCGUCGCAACUUCUCCUAUAAAAAAAGACGACACAAUCAUCGACGUGCCCAUUCCCUGCCUGAAAUCCCUCUCAACCAUCCCAAAGGCCCUGACCCGCCCCUUCCCCAAAGACACCGCCGUCCACGCCCUCCUCGCCCUUGAUGUCGCCCUCGACGGUUCCCCCUCCUUCAAAACCUGGUCUGCCGUCUUCCCCACGCCCCGAGACCUCUCCUCCUGCCCUCUGACCUGGCCCGAGUCUCUGACAUCCCUCCUCCCGCCCGCGGCGUCCUCCCUCCUCGCCGCCCAGCGCGAAAAGUUCGAGGCCCACUGGGCCCUGGUGGCCGCCUCGUUCCCGGACGUCACAUACGAGGGCUACCGCCACGCCUGGCUCCUCGUCAACUCGCGCACGUUUUACCACGUCACCCCCAAGACCUCCAAGCGCUCCCGCGACGACCACAUGAUCCUCCAGCCCGUCGCCGACCUCCUCAACCACGCCUCGCGCGGCUGCUCCGUCGCCUUCGACGACCGCUCCUUCACCAUCAAGGCCGAGAGGGACUACGCCCCCGGGGAGGAGAUGCACAUCUGCUACGGCCGCCACAGCAACGACUUCCUCCUGAUUGAGUACGGCUUCGUCAUGGCGCAGGGCGAGAAUGAGUGGGACGAGGCGUGCCUCGAUGACGCCAUCCUCCCGCGGUUGAGUGCCGCCUGCAGACGGCGGCUCGAGGAGAGGGGGUUCCUGGGGAAGUACAUGCUCGACGCCGAGACAGUGUGCUACCGGACGCAGGUGGCGCUGCGGACGCUGGUGAUGGCCCCAAGGCGGUGGGCGCAGUUUGUUGACGGAUUCACGGACGGGGAGGCGGAGCAGCCCGAGGUCGACAGGAUGCUGCGUGAGAUCCUUGCCGAGUACGACGGGGAGAUCGAGUCCAGGAUCGAGGCGGUGGGUGCGCUGGACGAAGGAGAGGAGUUUCAGAGGCAGAUGGUCGUGACCCGCUGGAAACAGAUACAGGAGCUGGUGCGAGCGACAUUGCAGAAACUUGACACCUGA